AUGGCCUCAGUAUCUGUCUUCCCCUUCCACGUGGGAGAGACUUCCAAUGAACGUGUCAAGCUCAUCCCCUUCAAUCCAGAGCAACACUGUGAAACUUUCUUCCGUCUAUCAACGCCCGAGGUAUACACACACAUGCCAAUGACCUCCCCGGCUUCAGCAGCCGAAUUCAAAUCCCUAUUCUACAGUAAUUCCACAAGCCACAUUCUGUCCUUCUCCAACCCAGAGUCAUUCGCCUUUGCGAUUAUAGACAAGACACGACCUCCAUCACCGGAAGAUCCAGAAGGUGAACUAGCUGGUACUGUGAGCUUUAUUCGCACGUCGCCGGUAAACCUGUGCACAGAGAUUGGAUUUAUUGUCAUCCUGCCUCCGUACCAGCGAACCCAUGUGGCAACUAAUGCCGCUGGACUUGCUUUACAGCUUGCCUUUGAGUCUACGGAGAACGGAGGGCUUGGAUUACGCAGGGUACAUUGGAUGGCUAGCACGAUGAACCCUGCUAGUUCUAGACUUGCGCAAAGGAUGGGAUUUGAGAAGGUUGGGAUCAUACCUUGGCAUAUGCGGUUUGUGAAAGGCAAGAUAAAUGGGAAAGUCGGAAAUGGCAGGGAGCCGCCACCUGGGAGUGAUCCUGAGGAUUUGUGGAGAGAUACUGUGAUUCAUACACUGGCAUGGGAUCAGUGGGAAAAUGGCAUGAGAGAAAGAGCAGCGCAGGCAAUGGAGAGAUGA